GCGGCCCCCUGAGACGGGACAGCAGACCCUCGCAGCUGCCUCUUUGGGGUGUUGGGAGGGCUCAGGAGUCAGAGCAGACAAUGUCCUGUGUGUGAGCCGGGCCCCCGUGAGCGUGACCCGAGCUGGCUGGCUGAUCACGCGGCUCUUUGGACCUCCACCCCCGUUCUGCGCACCCCUGUCUGUGAGGCUGGACAGCAGCCCCUCUACUCACACUUCCCAAAGUCAGAGUUCAGUGUCUCAGUUUCGUGCAUACUUCUGGUCCCCGGACAUUGGAUUGGAAAUUGGACUAAAAAAGGAAAUUAUGCUCCCUUUGCCGGAAAACGUCUUCCUGCUGCACUGGAGAAGAAGAUGGCCGGCAGGCAAGGUCGGGAGGAGCUCAUCAAGAAGGGUCUCCUGGAGAUGAUGGAGCGGGAUGCUGAGAGCAAAGUGUGCAAUCCUGACGGGGGCCCCCGAGCGGCACAGAGCGAACCGUCCACCCCCAAGCAGGAGAUGCUGACUUCAGAAGAAGCCCAGCCAGGAAGCCCUUUGGCCACCGGGACAGACCAGCCUUCCCUGGACGCACCACUGCCCUCGGACUCCCAUUCUGACGAUGCAGCCAAGAUGCCGUCAGCAUCCAGAGGUGAAGAAGCAGACGCCUCCGGCAGCCUCCCGCCUACCGCGGAUGAACCCUCUCAAGCCUUAGCCGGGUCUGACUCCCUGGACAGCCCUCCCAGACCCCUGGAGAGAUCCGUGGGCCAGCUCCCCAGCCCCCCACUGUUGCCCACACCACCACCCAAGGCAGGCUGCAAAACCACGAAAAAUGUCACAGGCCAGCCUGCACUCUUCCAAGGCUCUGGAGGGAAAAACACUGACCCCCCCCUCCGAGGACAGCUUUCCACGCCCACGGGGUCUCCACAUCUUGCCACUGUCCACCGGCCACUGCCCCCCAGCCGCGUCAUUGAGGAGCUGCACAGGGCGCUGGCCACCAAGCAUCGCCAGGACAGUUUUCCAGGACGGGACAGUAAAGCGUCCCCGAAGAAGCGGGUGGACGUCCGCCUGUCGAGAACGGCCAGCAUGGAGCGGGGCAAGGAGAGGGAGGAGGCUUGGAGCUUUGACGGCGUCUCGGAGAGCAAGCGGACGGCAGCCAAGGGCUCGGAGGAGAACAAGGAGAACUUGAUCGUGAAUUCCGAACUCAAGGACGACCUGCUGGUGUAUCAGGAUGAAGAGGCUCUGAACGACUCCAUCAUCUCUGGAACACUGCCGAGAAAAUGCAAGAAGGAGCUCUUGGCGGUGAAGCUACGGAAUCGGCCCAGCAAGCAGGAAUUGGAAGACCGGAACAUUUUCCCCAGGAGGACUGACGAAGAGAGACAGGAAAUCCGGCAGCAGAUUGAGAUGAAACUCUCCAAACGGCUGAGCCAAAGACCUGCCGUGGAGGAACUGGAGAGAAGAAAUAUCUUGAAACAAAGGAACGAUCAGACAGAGCAGGAAGAAAGAAGAGAAAUCAAGCAGAGAUUGACAAGAAAGCUUAAUCAGAGACCCACAGUUGACGAGCUAAGAGACCGAAAGAUUCUGAUACGGUUCAGUGACUAUGUGGAGGUGGCGAAAGCUCAGGAUUACGACAGACGGGCAGACAAGCCGUGGACACGACUGUCAGCGGCCGACAAGGCAGCCAUUCGCAAAGAGCUCAAUGAAUACAAAAGUAACGAGAUGGAGGUCCAUGCAUCAAGCAAGCAUUUGACAAGAUUCCACAGGCCAUAGAGAUUUUCUUCUGAGAAGAAUUUUUCUUUAAUUUUUGAUACCAACACUGAACAUUCGUCAGGGAACUUUCCUGAAGUUCAGCUCCAGACCCCCUGCUGUGUCAGCGCCAGGAGCAGGAUCACGCGGGCAGGUGGUCUGGGCUGUGCUCACCUGUACGAGGAGAAACCAGGGGACGGCCUUCACUCUCUGGUGUCUGAGGGGUAGGAACUGUCGGACCAGUUAGGACCCAGAGUCGCUCUCCCAGAAGAAAACUGUCCUUUGCCUUUGAACCUUGUUUCGCAGCCCUGCGGUGAGACGGAGGGCGGGCGACGGGCAGGCGCCGGCACCCCUCCGGGCCCCCGACACGGGACGUGCGGCACAGUGACGUUCAGUAUUCUGUUGGAAAGACAUUUUUAUUCUGAUCACAGUUAAUUUGAGAACUCUUUAAGUUCACGUUAUACAAAAUUAUUUACUGUAUUAUACUUUUCUUUUUUUAUAUAAUGUCUAACAAAAAAAAUACAGCUGCAACAUUUUGAUUCCUGUUAAUUUUGUUCUUUAAUUAAAUGACUACUUAUUGCAGGCAAUGAACCUGGGUUUUACGUUUCCUUGGAGGUGGGAUGAGAGCGGUGUGUUAGAUCGGAGAUCUGUGAUAUAAGUCCAGUUUUCUUACUUUUGAGCCAUCAAAUCCAAACACGCAAAAGAGAAUUCCAACUUUGUGUGCUUUUGUUUUGUAAAUUCUGGUAGCGUCUGUGGUUUGUGCCUUGGGAAAUCGAAUUAUCUUUGUCAAGUUAAUUUGAGUUUACGUAUCGUAGAGAAAUGACCCUGGAAGUAAGUACCAGCUCGGCGGGAAAAUUCUACCACGAUGAAGAUGAGAUGAAGAUGAGGCCCUCUUUAAGGGUAUCUUCAGGUUUGCAUUUGUAAACACUGUUGCAAACCGUUAGAAGAGACAAAGGUUGAGAUGGAGUGGAGAUUAUAAAGAGGAAAGUUACCCCAGCACAAAGGUAAAAAGGAAUGUUGGCACCAGGGGGGGAAAUAAAUACAAAUUAACGUUCCCCGAAAGGUAGUUUUACUUGGCCUUUGGAGAAGUGUCCUCACAGAAGAGAGCCCGCCUGCCCACCCGAGAGCCUCCGGAGACAUGGGGAGGCGGGAAGCCCAGGGCUCGGAGCACGCCUUGAGAAGCCUGCAGACCCUGUGGCUUAAAUCCCAGCUCUGCGCUGUGCACCAAGAUUCCGACUUUCUCUCUAGGAAGAUCCUCGCUCUCUCUGUCUCUCUCUCUCCCUCUCUCUCAACACAUGGCUGUAAUUUCUAAAUGCGGGAACAGCACCCGACACGUUGUAUGCAUCCGGUGAAUGUUACCUGCUGGUGGGCCCGCCAGGGAGCCCCGGAGCAGGAGCGUGUCCCCUAUGACUUCCUCCUGCACACACGGCCUCACUGCUUCCCAC